AUGGCUAUAAAUGGAACUUCUUCAAGUAUGUUCAGAAGUACAAAGGGACUAAAACAAGGUGAUCCAAUGUCUCCAUUUGUAUUCAUUCUUGUUGUGGAGGUGUUAUCUGUUAUGAUAAACAGAGUUGCAUCUUUGAAUCUAAUCUCUGGGUUCAAGCUAUCUUCUGAAGCAUUUGAGAUCAAUCAUCUACAGUUUGCAGAUGAUUUAAUUAUAUUCCUUGAUGACAAGUGCACAUUACCAAUUGGUAAUGUUGUGAACACUAUGGAGGCUGAAAUUAUUUUUGGGUGUCAAAUUUCUGCUUUUCCUAUGAAAUAUUUAGGAAUUCCUUUGGGCAGCAAGUCUAAGGCAGUGGGAGUAUGGGAUGUAAUUCUGCAAAAUUUUCAAAAGAAGUUAAGUAUGUGGCAAAUGAAGCAUCUUUCAAAAGGAGGUAGAAUCAUGUUGAUUCAAAAUGUGCUUUCAAGUUUACCAGUCUAUUAUUUAUCUCCUUUUCAACUUCCAGUUUCUGUUGAAAAGCAAAUGGAGAAGACUAUGAGACAGUUUCUUUGGGGUUUUGUGAAUAACAAACCUAAGAAAGGUUAG